AUGAUCUCGACUGUGAUGUGCAGCAGAGAGACGCUACAGAACGCUGAGUGCAAGAGUCACAUCAGGAGCCCCAUCAGGAUUGAGCCUCGCAGGAACUCCAUCCCCCCAACGCAGACCCUCACCGCUAAACAUCUGCUGGCAUACCUGCCCAGACCACAGCCAGAGUCCAUCCGGUACACUCCUUACACUUGCAAGGUUACAGCUAAAUCCACUGUUGCUUCCAUGAUGACCACAAAAAGACUUUCUCUCAUCCACAACUUGAACUACGUUAACUGCUCAUCACUCCCGCCGUCCCAGGAGGCCUCUCCCUCCCGGACCCAGAGUCUCUGCCGCCCGUCCUCUCAGGCUCUGACUUUGGUUAAGCAAGAGCAGCCCCAACAGCAUACUAUCCAAGCAGCUCCUCUGGAACCAGUAGAAGAGACGCCAAAGCCUCAUCGUUUGCAUCGCAGCAGACACCUCAAGCGUUUCAGCUCCAGGUGGCAAUCGAGAGGCUCCACUGGCAGCAGCAGCCUUCCCGUCUCUGCAAUUGAGAAGCUGCACAUCGCAAAGAGUCACAAGAAGCGCUGUAAGCUGCUGGGCGACGAGGACUCGUUGCACGUCGCUGCCAGCAAUCAGCGCCAGCGUUACGUCACCAAGGAUGGCAAGUGCAGGGUCAAUCUGGGACCGAUUGCGGAGAAGAGCCGAUUUAUCUCAGAUAUUUUCACCACGUUAGUCGACCUCAAGUGUCGCUGGUUCCUUCUCGUCUUCACUAUGUGCUACAUUCUCACGUGGGUGGCCUUUGGUGGGAUCUACUUCUUCGGUGCCUGGUUGCGUGACGACAUUGCACACGUUCACGAUCCGCAGUGGAAGUCCUGCUAUGAAAACGUAGACAGUUUCCUUUCAGCCCUGCUGCUGUCGUUAGAGAGCCAGAGGACGAUCGGGUACGGCUCCAGGAUGGUGACGGCUAACUGCCCCGAGGGGACGAUACUCCUGAUGGUCCAAUCCAUCCUCGGCUCCAUCAUCGAUGCUCUCAUGGUGGGCUGCAUGUUUGUUAAAAUCUCCCGCCCACAGCAGAGAGCCCAGACGCUGAUCUUCAGCAAGCACUGCGUCAUAUGUGAGCGCGACGAGAAGCUGUGCAUGCUCUUCCGCAUUGGGGAUCUGAGAGAGAGCCACAUGGUGGAUGCCAAGAUCCGCGCCAAGCUGAUCAAGUCCCGGCAGACCAAGGAGGGCGAGUUCAUCCCACUGGAGCAGUCAGAAAUCAAUCUGGGCUACGACACUGGAGGAGACAGGCUGCUGCUGGUGGAACCUCAGACCAUUACCCACGUCAUCAAUGAAAACAGCCCCUUCUGGGAGGUGGGGUCCGAGCGUUUGAGGAGGGAGACCUUUGAGAUCAUUGUCAUCCUGGAGGGCAUCGUGGAGGCUUCGGGUAUGACAUGCCAGGCGAGGACUUCCUACACGGAGGAUGAGGUCCUCUGGGGCCACCGAUUUGAGUCGUGCAUUUCCUUGGAGAAAGGGGCGUUUCGGGUGGACUACAGCGCAUUUGACAAAACCUUUGAGGUCCAAAUGUCCCGACUCGGUGCGAGAGAGAGGAGUGCGGUCAAGGAAUGA